CCCGCAUUCAACUUUCCUCUUAACCAGCCAAAAUGCCGACCGAUACACGAGACCCCUCACUCGCCAGCAUCCUGGUGGCUCGCUUUCUGCGAACAAAUAAUUACACGCAGACUCUGCGGGCAUUCAUUCAAGAGGCUGGACUGCCCGCCGACGCGGGACACGUCGGCCUGAAAAAGAACAACGAUUCGAGCAGCUGGACCAUCGAAGGAGUCAUCGAGGAGAAACAAGUCUAUGAUCAGAGUGUGAAAUUCGAGCGAUACGGUGAUGGCGAAAAGGAUAAUGAUUUAUGGAGUACCCCCGCCCCGUCCUCGCCGACUAUCGUCCAGAUCCCAACAUCCUCAAAUCUGUUGGCCUGCUCGGUAGACACUUGGAAAUAUGAUGAGAACGAAAACCCACCACCCUCGUCGGCGUCACCGUCUUACCUAGUGGCCACCGGCGCUGACAGGCAACUUCAUCUCAUCGACACUGCGCCGGGCAAUGGCAUCGUCAAGUCCUUUGCAGGCCACUCCGAGUCUCCCAUCUUGUCUUACGUGUCUAUCGAAAAUGGGGAAUACGCCCUCCUGACCAACAUGUCCGGCCAGGUCCUUCUUCAACGCGGCGCGGAAAUUCUCGACCGCAGAAGAGACCACACCAAAUAUGUCGUCAAGGUAGUCGCAUUCGAGGACGACAGUGACCACCCUGACUCGCCAGGGAAGACAGUAUGGAUCGCCACGGCGGGCUGGGACUCCAAGAUCUUUCUCUACCGUCUACGCAUCGGCGGUGCCAGUGAAUCCCAGCAUCUAGUCCUCGGCGAACCCGUGGGAUAUAUCACACUGCCAUCGAACCCAGAGUCCAUGCUCUUUGUCCGUCACGUCGACUCUCAGGAACUGAUUCUCCUCGUUUCCCGACGAGACUCGACGCAUCUGUUCUAUUACCAAGUGCAGAGACCCCUCUCCUCUGCGCCGGCUUCUACUCCCGCUGCUACCCCCUACGAAUGUCGUCUUCUGGGCAAGCAGAACCUCGCCCCGCACUCCAACGCCUGGGUCGCUUUCUCACCGUCCUGUCUGGCCCUGAGCCCGCUGGACCCGGGCCUGCUGGCCGUGGCCACCUCGACGCUGCCGCAUAUGAAAGUCAUCGUCGUCCGACUGCUCUUCCCGUCCGUCGACAGCCUCGAUCUCGUCACUUCGGGACCCGUGACGGGCGACUCGGAGCCUGAGACAACGACGACGCAAGCCACGCAGGCGUUCGCGGCCCUGACGCUCCAGAAUCGCGAGGACGCGGCCAUCAUGAUCCAGGCGAAUACGUUUGCGCCGCAGACGGCGUACUCGACGCCGCAGGUGGCCUGGCGGCCUGACGGGUCGGGGCUCUGGGUGAAUGGGGAUGACGGAGUGAUUCGCGGGGUGGAGACCAAGACGGGGAAGGUGGUUGCGAUACUCAAGGAUGGGCAUGAGAUCGGGUGUAAGGUGCGGGCUAUCUGGGCGGGUUGGGUGGAUGUGCCGAGGGACGGGGAGGUUGUCAGGGAAGAGUGGUUGGUGAGUGGAGGGUUUGAUAAAAAGUUGGUGGUUUGGAAGAAGGGAGAUUUCUAGUAUAUAAUGACCCUUGAGGGCUUGUUGAGCAUUUUAUGUAUCGAAGUUGCAUAUCACGUUUUGCGAAU